UGCUUCCUUCUUUCCGUCCAGCUCGUCUGUUCGGACUGAGAGAGCCGACCGAGUGCGCAGCGAUGUCUGGGGCGGCUGCAGGGUCGGCGGGCUCCGGGGCCGGGUCGGUGGGCUCCGUGGUGCGGCGCUUCCUGGCCGAGUACAGCAGCGGGACGCCGAGCCGCCUGAAGGUGCUGGACGCCUACCUGCUCUACGUCAUGCUGACGGGAGCGCUGCAGUUCGGCUACUGCCUCGGCGUCGGCACCUUCCCCUUCAACUCCUUCCUCUCGGGCUUCAUCUCGGCCGUGGGCAGCUUCAUCCUGGGCGUUUGUUUGAGGAUCCAGAUCAACCCACAGAACAAGGGGGAAUUUCAGGGGAUCUCCCCAGAACGAGCCUUUGCCGAUUUCCUCUUUGCCAGCACCAUCCUUCAUCUUGUCGUCAUCAACUUUGUGGGCUGACCAGUCGGUCCCGGAUGUGUCUCACUUGCUGAAGCCCCUCAUGAACAAGCAUGCUGUGCAUCACAGACUUUUGAUUUGUUCACUGGUGGGAAAAGGAACUGUUUCCUUGACAACAGUUGGGCUUUGCCUUCCAUUUCUAUGACAGCCAAUAA